AUGGAUUUAAUGAACUGUUAAAAUUCCAACCAUGAUUCAUAGAGAAUCAAAUAUAUUUGUGUAGAUCCAAUAUGUUAAGUAUAACAAAAGAUUGGUAUUUUACUUAAUGUGACAAGGUUGUGCUGAUUGUUUUUUGGAAGAUCAUGUUACUCAUUAAAGAAGGACUGUUGAAUAAUUUAAUGAUUAAGUGAAACAACAAUUAGAUUCAUUUAAUUAAAUUGAAUUUUAACCUAUUACAAAUACAGUUUAAUUAGAUUUAGAGAAGUAAAUUGAUAAAGAAUUAGAAAAUUGUCUUUCUUGUAUAUAAUAUCGAUUUACAAGCAUUAAAAGUGAUUUGAAAAGUUUGUUAGAUGGUGAGAAUUAAAAAUUACAAGAAAGUUAUAAUGUUUUGUAAUAAAGUAAAAAUCAUGAAUUAGAUUCAUUAAAAAAUGUAAAUGAUUUGCAUUCAAUAAAUUAAGAGGAAUUAAAUGAUUUAGUAAAGUUUUAUUAAGAAGCUUCAAAAAUCUAGAAGAAUUAUAUAAAGGCAUCUGAGAUAUUUUAUGAUGAGAAUUAAAAGAUUAAGUAAAAAAAAUAGAAAUACUUAUGCAAAUUACAAUCAAUAAUGUAAGGACUCAUGAAAGAUUUUAAUGAAUUAAUGGUAACAAAGAAUUUACAAUUUGAUGAUUUUAGUGAAUUUGAGACACCAUAAAAGUCAUCAAUGUCUCCAAAUAAGAUGACUAGUUUUGUAGAGAGUACAAGAUCAUCAAGAAGAUUUUAUAUGAAUUAAUCAAAAAAACUAUUGUUUGGAAAUGCUAUAAGAAAGAAUGAAUGA